AGGAGUUGGCGGCAAGAAAUUCAGCAAAAUUUGAUCCCCUGACAGAGCAGGGCCUGUUGAUGAAAUGCACAGCCCCCUGUGGAGUGAAAAAAGGGAAUAAAUAAAACAGGCCUGUCCCUGCUCUUAACCAUGACAGCCAGGAAACUUGGGAAACUGCAGCCCCUGCCUGAACCCAGCUUUGCUGAUCUGUGAGAUUUGCGGUCAAAAACCCGGAGAUCCACAUGGUUCCUGCGUUAGCUCUCACUUGGAAGUGGCCUGGAGCCAGAGCGGAGGCAGGGCUGUGCUGUUCAGGGCUUCUCUUGCCUGGAAUGUGAUGAGGAUGCUUUUCCUGUUUGAUUUUUUUUUUUUUUUCCAGCCCCAGUCCCUCAUUGAUGAGCUGCUGUUGUACAAGCGCUCGGAAGACCAGAUAGAGCUGAAGGAGAAGCAGCUUUCCACCAUGAGGGUGGACGUGUGCAGCACUGAGACACUCAAGUGCUUGAAAGAUAAAACAGGAGGGAAGAAGUUCUCCAAGGAGUUUGAGGAAGCGAGUUCAAAGCUGGAGGAGUUUGUGAAUGGCCUGGACAAGCAGGUGAAGAAUGGCCCCUCGCUCACCGAGGCGCUGGAGAACGCCGGGAUCUUCUACGAGGCGCAGUACAAGGAAGUCAAGGUGGUAGCGAAUGCCUAUAAAACAUUUGCUAAUCGAGUGAGCAAUCUGAAGAAAAAGCUGGACCAGCUGAAAGCAACACUUCCCGAUCCCGAGGAGUCUCCUGUCCCUUCUCCCAGCAUGGACGCCCCGUCUCCGACGGGCUCCGAGUCCCCUUUCCAGGGGAUGGGGGAGGAGAACAACACCCGGUCCCCGGCAGCUGGAGGCCGCAAGAUGGUCACUCCAGAGCCUGCGACAGAUAAUCGGGAUGUGGAGGACAUGGAGCUCUCUGACGUGGAGGACGACACGUCCAAAAUCAUUGUGGAGGAGAGGAAGGACAAACAGGCUGCUCCAACCCCAGCACCUGCCAAGACCGAGAGCGUCCCCAAAGCGGUCCCAGUGGCCACCGCGGCCGCCACGGCCUCGGGGACGGUGACAACUCCGACCCCUCCGGCUCCGAAGGCGGCGAGCGCAGCGCCCAUCCUGCCGGCACCGGCGCUGGCCCUGCCCAACCUGGCCAACGUGGACCUGGCCAAGAUCAGCUCCAUCCUGAGCAGUUUGACGUCAGUGAUGAAGAGCACAGGUGUGAGCCCUGCCUCCAGACCCUCUCCAGGGACCCCGACCAGCCCCACAGCUCUCACCAGUGGCCUGAAGACUCCUGUCCUGGGGACUCCAUCUGCUCCUUCGAAUCCGUUAGCAAACAUUCUCUCCAAAGUGGAGAUAACUCCGGAAAGCAUUUUGUCGGCUCUCUCCAAAACCCAGACCCAGACGGCGCCGGCACUGCAAGGUUUGUCAUCCUUGCUGCAGAGUGUGGCUGGAAACACCGUCCAGUCAGGUGAACCCGCCUCCCAGAGCACUUCAGCAUCACCAGCCAACACAACUGUGCCCAGCAUGAAGGGGAGGAAUGUUCCUUCCAAUCCGCAGUCCUUUAUAUCCAAAAGUUUUGGUUAUUCUCCAAACUCAUCCACCGCAGAAAUUUCCUCCACUUCGGUCAAUAAGGCUCCCGUCGGACACACCCCGGCGCUGUCAAGCUCCAGUUUUAAACCACCAACCAAUUCCCUGGGAUUUUCCAGUUCCCACCCUACCAGUCCUUCUUCCCUUUUGCCAACAGAAACCCCACUGGGUCAGUCCUCCGAAAUUUCAAAAGCCAAGCUGGAAUCAGAACCCCCUUCUCCCAGCCUGGAGAUGAAGAUACACAAUUUCCUGAAGGGAAACCCUGGCUUCAGUGGCCUGAACUUGAAUAUUCCCAUCCUCAGCAGCUUGGGGUCCAGCAUGGCAACGGAGAGUCACACCUCUGACUUCCAGCGUGGUCCCACCAGCACUUCCAUGGACAAUGUGGACGGGACGCCGGUGCGGGACGAGCGGAGCGGGACACCCACCCAGGACGAGAUGAUGGAUAAGCCGACAUCGAGCAACGUGGACACGAUGUCCCUGCUGUCAAAAAUCAUGAGCCCUGGUUCUUCUACUCCCAGCAGCACGAGGUCACCUCUGCAGGGCCGGGAUGAUGGAUAUUCCCAAGAACUUCCCAGUUCCGUGCACGGCUACCGGCCCUUCGGCCUCGGCAGAGAGUCUCCGGCCGGGCUGUACAAGCCGCCUGCGGACAGCAGGGAGAUUCCCUCCUCUUUGAUGGACUCCUCCCAGGAGAAGUUUUACCCAGACACAUCUUUCCAAGAAGACGAGGAUUACCGUGACUUCGACUACUCUGGGCCGCCGCCCUCGGCCAUGCUGAACCUGGAGAAGAAGCCCGUCAAGUCCAUCCUAAAAUCGAGCAAACUCCCGGAGUCCGCGGAGUACCAGCCGGUGCUGUCCAGCUACGGCCAGAGGUCGCAGGAGUUCGGCGUGAAGCCGUCCUUCCCCCCCUCCAUGAGGUCUAUCCUGGAUCAGAGCGAGGGCUGCGACCCGCUGGCCUCGUCCCCGGGGAUGUUCGGGAGCUACGGCCGCCGGGGGAAGGACUCGGCCUCGGACGGGUCCCCGUCGCCCAGCAAGAACGACGUGUUCUUCACGCCGGACUCCAACCACAACACCCUGCCCAAGCCCGGGCUCCCGCAGAAGCAAUACCCGGACUCGCCCCACGCGCUUCCCCACCGCUCGCUCUUCUCCUCCCAGAACACCCUCCCCAGCCCUGCCGGCCGAGCGCCCGCAGCGGGCGGGGACAAACCCAUGGGCUCUUCCAUCUCCGCCACCUCCACCAUCGAGUUCAAGAACAUGCUCAAAAACGCCUCCCGGAAGCCCUCCGAGGAGAAGCACUUUGGGCAGAUUCCCAAAAGCAGCUCCGGCGAGGGCGGGAGCUUGUCCGGGGCCGCCAAGGACCCGCAGCCUCCCGAGGAGCACUAUCGCAUCGAGACCCGCGUGUCCUCCUCCUGCCUGGACCUGCCCGACAGCACCGAGGAGAAGGGGGCCCCCAUCGAGACGCUGGGCUACCACAAUGCCUCGAGCCGGGGCAUGUCGGGGGAGCCCAUCCAGACCGUGGAGUCCAUCCGGGUGCUGGGCAAGGGCAGCCGGGGCCACGGGCGCGAGGGGAGCCGGGCGGGCUGGUUCGAGCUGAGCAGCGGCGGGAGCGCCUUCGACAACGGCCCCUCGGGCUCCUCGGAGCUGCCCGGCAUGGGCGGCUUCCCGGCGCCCUACAAGGAGCACGUGCCGCCCUUCCCGGAGAGCGUCAACAACUUCCGAACGAACAACUUCAGCCCCGCCUUCGAGCACCACCUGCCGCCGCCGCCCCUCGCGCCGCCGCCCCUGGAGCACGGGACCCCCUUCCCGCGGGACCCCGUGGGGCCGCCCGCCGUGCCCCCGCCCGCCCCCUCCAAGGACCACGGCGGCCUCUUCCCGCGGGAUCACGCGGUGCCCCCGCGCCUGCCGUCGGUGGAUCACGCCAGCCCCUUCUCCAAGGAGACCCCCGCCCCGCUGCCGCUGCCCCACGGCGUCCCCCCGCCCCCCUCGGUGGAGCACGCGGGGGUCCCGUUCCCCACGCCCCCGCCGCCCCCCGUGCCCGGGGAGCACUCCGGGGUGCCCUUCCCCACGCAGCCGCCGCCGGCGGCCGGGGAGCACGGCGGGGUCCCGUUCCCCGCGCCGCCCCCCCUGGAGCACGGCGCCGGCGCCUUCCCCAAGGAGCACGGUACGCUGCCAGGGACGCUGAAGGAGCACUUCGGGGGGGCGCAGCCGCGGGACCCCCUGCCCCGCUCGCGCGACCCGGCGGGGCCGAGCCCCCUGCCCCGUGAGCAGCUGGGGGCGGGGCGCGGGCUGGGCCCCCCCGCGCACCGGGACCCCGGGGGCCGCGGCUCCGUCCUGCUCCGCGCCCCCCGCGCCGAGUUCCGCCCGCGGGAGCCCUUCGGCGCCAGGGACCCCUUCCAGAGCCUCAAACGGCCCCGGCCGCCCUUCGGCAGGGGG